GGACAUUAAACAUAUGAUCUAUUGACGUGUGCCUCGCUUUUAAGUUCAAUUAGCACAGAUAUCGCUCAUCUGAACACAAAGCUAAUGAUGCUAACUGCUUUAGCGUCUCCUUAUUCUCUUUAUUUUCUCUUGACGGUUUCUGCAACGAAGCAGUUAAUUUAAAAUGAACUCGUAUAAAGAACUAUGCAAAUUAAAGCUGCAGAAACCAGAGACAAUGAGUUAUGGAUUGGUUAAACUGCAAUCCAGCUCUCACCAUAAAAAUGUGCUCAAUGCCAUGUGGAAGCUGAGGACCAUGGGAAACCUGUGUGACAUCACAGUGCAGGCGGAUUUUCAAGGAGAGCUGGAGGAGUUUGAAGCCCAUAAGGUGGUCCUCGCCGCAUCCAGCGGUUACUUCGAGUCCCAUCUGUUAGCUAAUGACCAAGUGAAAAAGAUAUUCUUGUCUGACAGCUUACCAUAUGCAUUUGAGAAAUUCUUAGAGUAUGCGUAUUUAGGAAAAAUCGAGGUGGAGAGGAGUUACAUCAGCAGCAUACUGCAAAUGGCUAAACUCCUGAAGUGCCAGGACUUAGUGGAUGCUUGCGAGGCAGAAAUUCCCAGCAGCGUUUUAGAUGAAACUCUGCAGAAAGACGGCAAGGAUUUAAAUGCUCCAAAUACUAAAGUCAAGACAAAACAAGCACCUGUGAAAAGAGCGAUGAAGAGAAAAAAGUCUUUAAAAGUGCCUGAAAAUGUGAAGGAGACAGGACCAGACAGGAGAAGCAGAAGGUUAGCGGGUCGCAGAGUGUCUGUGGACGCUUCUCUGAAAAAGCCAAAGAGGAAGAAACCAGAAACCCUUUAUGAAUCCGACACAGGAGAAGAGGAGCAAACACCACAAGAUCCUUGUGAAAAAGAUGCUUGUGAUGACACUGGGUCUGUGUCAUCUCUUGAUGUGCCUGAAGAAGACUCUCAAGAAUCAGACUUCCAGCCUAAUGAGGAAAUGGACGAGGCCGAUGAAGUCGAGAAGGAAAUCAAGAGAGGAACCGCAAAGCACGUAUGUGAGAAAUGCAGCCGUUCCUUCUAUUACGAGAAGAGCUACCUGAAGCACUUGAAGGUCAGCCACGGGGUCCAGAUGGACACCACGUUUCGCUGUGACAUCUGCCAGCAGACGUUCGCCAACCGCUGCAACCUGAAAAUCCACCAGCGCCACGUGCACAACGACGAGAGGCUCUUUCCCUGCGAUGUCUGCAACAAAACCUUCAAGCGCAAGAAGGAUGUGACCCGGCACAGACGGCAGGUGCACGAGGGCGGCACGGACAGACACUACUGCCACAUCUGUGGCAAAUCUCUGAGCUCCAAAACUGCCCUCACACUGCAUGAGAGGACACACUCGGGACACAAACCCUACAAAUGUGAUGAGUGCGGAUCCAGAUUCUCCCAGAGUUCAGCGCUCAAGACACAUCAGAGGAUCCACACCGGAGAGAAACCUUUCGCCUGUGACCUCUGUGAUGCCAGAUUUACCCAGAACCACAUGCUGUCUUACCACAAGAGAUGCCACACAGGUGAAAAGCCGUUCAUGUGUGAGAACUGUGGGAAGAGCUUUGCAUCCAAAGAAUACCUGAAACAUCACAACAGAAUCCAUUCAGGAUCCAGGCCCUAUAAAUGUGAAACCUGCGGAAGAGCGUUUGCUCAGAGGAACUCCCUCCACCAGCAUAUGAAAAUACACACAGGUGAAAGGCCGUAUCAUUGCAAGGACUGUGAUAAGCAGUUCACUCAACUCAAUGCCCUGCAGAGACAUCAGAGAAUCCACACGGGAGAGAAGCCGUACAUGUGCAGCAUGUGUGGAAGAACGUUUACAGACAAGUCCACCGUACGCCGACACACCCUGACCCAUGACAAACAAACUCCAUGGAAGAACUACCUGGUUGUUCUGGAGGGAAAUGUUGAAGACAGAGUCAAGAAACCCAAAGGCUCUUCUCAGAAGAAGGAGAAGGUGUCUGUCACUGUUUCCGAAGCCCAGGCUCCUGAGAGCAAUGCACAGAAGACCCAAGAAGUGGUGGCUGUUUCCGGAGAGCCCGUGACCAUUUCUGGAGACUGGGCCGGACCUGGGACCAUCGCACUGGUCAGCCACACGGCCCUGGGCGGCCUCACGGUCAUCCAGACCGAAGUCCCCGCCGGCACGCAACUGCAGCCCUUAGUCACCACGGACGGCACCAGUGUGAUCUCUCUGGAUGCUUCUGCAGUCGGGAUGCCUGUGACCGUUCCCUUUUCCAUUCCCAUUUCGGUCACACAUUCCAUCAGCGUGUCCCCUUCGAUAUCCAGUUCUGUGCCCAUCACCGUGGCCAGUCACGUUUCAGACACCAUACUGGCUCCAGCAACCACUGCAGCGACAUCAGAAGCUGAAGCAACAGAGAACGGUCUGGCUUCGGCUGAGUGCGUGUCAGUCCAGGCUGUUACGCUGGAAGAGACGGGCUGUGCAGACACCCAACAGGAAGUCAGCGAAAACAUACAGUCUGCAGAGGCUUCAAACAACAUGGAAAUCUCAGGAGGAGAGUAGAGUCUACCUGCUUCCGUUGCAAAUACUCGUUAAUCAUGUUGCAAUCAAGCUUUGCUUUAAAUUGUCAGCUGUAAAUACUCUUUCGCUUUAUAAAACCUUCUAUAAUGUAUAACUAGUACAAUUCUUGAAUCACAAUGUUCAGUUCUGCUCACAACUAUUUCCCCUUUAAUGACAUCUUGUCAUUAAAUAGUUAUUUUUUUUGUGUGAUUCUUGUAAAAACUCCAAUUUGCUUUUUUGUUGUCAGUAAUGUUUUUUGCCGAUAUUUAUUAUGUUCAACUCUACAUCAAAGUGAACUGCAUAUUAGUAAACACAAUACUUCAUUUUUAGUACCCUAUUAUGUGUAUUAUGAUUUGCAGUCAUGACAGAGCACCUUAAAAUCACUCAAUAAAGUGUCUACUGAAUUC